CAGAUCUUUUUCCGAAUUAGGACUGAACUUCGUCGGGGCGCUAUCGCGGGAGAGACAGACAGGGCUAGGAUUUUAAACGGGGAGCCUGUAGAGGGCUAGAUGUCUCACAGCUGUGAAGAGUAUCCGGUAGAGUUACGACAGUUCACGUAUAAGGAACCAGAGUUUAUCAGCGAGAACUGGGUGGAGUUUACCCUACCUGGUAGGUCGAUCCAAACACCUCACGGGGAUAGGGCUGACAGGAACUGGAGGUCUGUCCUAUUGAGGCCGGGAGUUUGGUUGUUGGUUGCUCCUUUGAUAGGAUUUGAGCAAGAUAGGAGGGGAAGGCUGGUGGAGGAUUCGUUGGAACUACAAGUGAGGGGUUUCCUUUACUACCAGACCUCUGUCCUAGCUGACAUAGUUUUUCGAGCAGUAGAGCGAAGCCAUUGGGAUCCAAACCUCGGGGUGGUGUCGUGCCUUGACUCGUAUACCUGGCUAGACGAAGUGACAACGCGGGAUAUAUUACAGGAGGAAGCCGACAAGCUCCGGGGAAAGGAGCGCUGUUAUGAUAGGGAUUUUAGGUCUAUAGUAGUCUCUCUCCGUCUGGCAAGAGAGGGGUUCCUGCCGCAUCUGGAAGAGGCGCUGAGGCUGCCAGUCCCGAUUUUUGUCCUGGAAGGAUUCCUGGGGGGACUUGACCUCCUAAUUUGGAUCCAUUGGGCCUUUCUAGAGAUUCAGGGUCUCUUGAGAUAUAGUGAUGAGCGUCACACGUACUACGCCCUGUGGAAAGAGGGGCCCAGGUUCGGUGAGGCGGCUCUGGAGCUGGUAGAGUUGAUCAAGGCGGCCUCACCUAGGACUUCAUGGGAGGCGCCAACGCAGGAGCAGCCAACCGAGUUUUGGUCUACACUAGAUAGGGCCAUACGGGAGCCGCCGAACUAUCUGGCGGGGAUAACUGAGUUGUACGGAGCCGAGGGUUACGAUCUGUCGGUUAGGGAGAGGUCGCUUAUCGAAUUCUUCGAGUUGGGCUCACAUUAUAGGAGGAUAGGAGCCCUCAAGGACGAAGAGGAGCAGGAAGAGGACGACGAAGCCGAGUGGGAGGUACCGAGAGACGAGCCAGAAUUGUGGGAGGAUCCACGGAAAUUUCCCGAAGAAAGACGGGGGAAUGGCUGGGAGGCAAUAGUAGAGUUUGCACGAAGGAUUAAAGGUUGGGAGGCAAUAGUAGAGUUUGCACAAAGGAUUAAAGGCGGCGAGCCGAUGGCAGUAGCUCUACUGAGACCGGGACUGAGAGUGAAACUAAAAGCGAUGCCGGGAGCAGUGACUGAGGAGGAGGAAGUGAAUAGGGUGUCCUUUACUGGUAGAGUAACAUCGAUCAUUCGAAUUCGGUCGGCUAGGUCGUUGGACGAGCGAAGUUGUAAGAUGGAUGCUGAAGGAGCUUAUUUGACUUCGAUAGGGGGAGACGUGAAAACACAAGUGUCAAGGACGAAUAGCCCAGACAGGAAAAUGGGCAUAGAUGUUGCAAGUGACGCGGAGAAAUUGAGGAAGGCUUUAAGAGAAUUAGAGAGUCGCUCCAGAGAGCUCGAAGGGCGAAGCUCCAAUAGCGAGGGCUGGAGGAAAGAGGUUUUGAAUAGGGCAAGAGUGGCGACGUUUACGGAUGCCGGGAUAAGGGAACCUUAUAGAGAGACCCCAAGCGAGCCUUAUAGAAGGAACCCUUACUCUAUGGCAUACGUGUCGGGCUCCUAUGUGUCUCCUUUCCUUGGGGCCCCGACGUACCAAUGGCCGGCGCUGUCCGGGAUUCAAAUGAUCUUUACAGGGAAGAACGUUUUCGAGUUCCUGGAUGACUGGGAGGUACUGGGAAUGAGGGCGGAGUGGAGUGAUCAGGAAAUGAUUGUAAACUUCCUCCACCAUACGGCCCCAAAGAUAGACCGCGAAGUGAGGGACGCUAUCCCAGACAAUGGGCGUUGGCUGACAUUCAGGGAGAGGGUUACUAGAAUCUUCGCUUGUGACGAGGUCUCCUAUUCGGUGGAAGAUCUGAAAGAAAUGAAAAAGGAGGAGGAGGAAAGUUUGGUAGCGUUUGCGAGGAGAUACAAAAAGGCUUCAAAUCCACUGGUAGAAGGGGGAUUUAUGGGGGAAAUCGAGAGGUGCGGGAUAUUCCUAGGGUUUCUAUCGCAAGAGAAGCGUGAGAAGAUUUUGCGGGACCUUCCCCUUAAGGUGACUUUUUCCCAAGUCAAAGUCUUGGCUCAUGAUACGAAAGGUAUCAUCGAAUUGGAUGAUAGGAAGUAUGUGAUGUGGGUUGAUGAAGGGAAACAUGUGCCCUUCUUACCUUCGAUGAAAAUUAAUGUGGAUAUCUGGAGGAGGAGAAUGAAUGAAGCAAAGGGAAAACAAGCGAAGGAGCCGACAACAGUGAAGGUUUCCCGAGUGACUUUCGAAAAUGACUUCGACGAACCACCGGAGAGCCCAGGGAUGAGAAUUUCAUCCAUUAAGUUUGAGGAAACAGUGAGUGAUGGCGAAGUUUACGUGUGCACCCAAGGCGUUGGCGAAUCAAGCAGAGGGAAGAGAGAGGAUCAGGAUCAACCGAUGACAAAUGAGCGAGUGGAGUCGCCAAAGUCGCCGAAGUCCCCUAGGAAAAGAGGGGCCAAGAAGUUUCAGUUGAAAAGCUCGUUGGACGAGGUCGACUUAAGGGAGUCAUUGAGGAGGGCAAUGGAUAUGCCCAUUCCUAUCACCCUUAAGGAAUUCAUAGCCGGCUGUGGGCCGACGAGGGAUGAACUAAUAGGAAUGAUGAAGAAAGCUAAGGUACCGCUGGCGGAGACGGCAACUUCCGAAGGGUCAGCCGGACGUUCGGUUUACUCGGUCUGCAACCUUUUCUCAGGCUACGACGAGAUCCCGCUUGACUACAGGGACCGACAGCUAACCGCGAUGCACACGCCAUUAGGAUUGAUCCAGAUGAUGGUGGUGCCGAUGGGAUGGACUAAUGGCGUCGCUGUUUUUCAAAGGGUAAUGGUGGCGGUCUUGGGGGAGCUUAUACCGAAUUUGGUGGAAGUUUUCCUAGAUGACUUUCCAAUCAAAGGGUCGUAUGAGAAGGAUGAGACAGGGGUGAGGCCUGGAGUAAGGAGGUCCUAUGAGGAUGUGUACUCCGAUCCUGGAAGCCCAAUGACAAGGAGGAUGCCAAUUGGAACCUAUGUCCUCGCGAAGAUCAUGCUCCCAGACGGAGCGGAAAGGUUGCUGUUAAAUGGAAAUGGGGCGACUCCUGACGGAUAUAUCCCAUUUCUAGAUUUGCUGAACGUCGAAACUGGAGAAAAGGAGAGAAUCUGGCAGAGCAAUAAGGAACUGCACUAUGAGUCUGUCGUGGCACUGAUGUCGGACAAUGAAGAAACUUUGCACCUUGAUAGACUAAAAAUCCUGUUCUCUAGAGAAUCACAGCGGGAGCCACCUCAGUACUUCCUGAAGAAAUGGUCAGAUCAGGAAAUAGUCCAAAUAACGAAUUUCCCCCAUCCCUACCCGGAGUUGAAGGACCUCUCUAAGGAGAUCAUUCGCUACCAACGGAAUGACGGCGUUCAGCUAACUGCCACUCUUUACCUCCCACCAGGUUAUGAUCCCAAAGCGGAAGGUCCGCUGACCAUGCUGAUGUGGGCUUACCCAAGAGAGUUCAAGAGUAAGGAUGCAGCAGGGCAGGUUCGUGGGUCACCAAAUCAAUUUGCCGGAAUUGGAGGGACAUCACCGCUGUUAUGGCUUGCAAAGCGGUAUGCCAUUCUGGAUGGUCCUACAAUGCCGAUUGUCGCAGAAGGUGAUGACGAGCCGAACGACCGAUCUGGGUUCAUUGCAAUUUGGUAUCGGAGCUAUACUUCCGAUAAUGUGACAGACUACGACGACGACUUUGAAGUGGUGACGUCUACAACAGAGAAGCUGACGUGGACAAGAGUGGAACAACGCACGUCAGGUGCUGACGUGGCAUUGACGGUUGAAGACCGUCUAAAGAAAUCUAUCACGGUUGUGGAGGUUGUGGCAGCCGGGAUUGAAGCUUCAAAACUGAUUGCUCAGAGGCGACAGGCGUUAGACCAGUUUGCUUUGAAGCAACUGGAAGAUAUAAUGGAAGCAAUUCGUAAAGAAGUGGGAGAACAAACUGACAUGUCACAAACAUUGUCUCACAUUGUGACAUACCUUACCUUUCUGGAAGAGAAAAUUGUCAGACAGCAAACUCAAUUAGAUGAGAUUGUUGUAGGAUUGCGAACAAUUGCAAACAUUGUGAAAGGAAAGAACCAGAUACAGGGUGAGGAAAAACAAGAAGAGAAAGAAGAUAAGAAAGAAGUGAGAAAGUUGAUGGGAGAUGCAAUGAAGUCUGCUGGUCCCACGAUUCAGACGACGUCCAAUGGGAAUGAACCCCCGAGUCAGCCAUCUUCUCCAUCUCGCUCUUCUCAUUCGACUCCUUCUCAUAAGUCUUCUCCUUCGACAACUCCGGUUAAGACGAGUGCUGAACCAGAAAAGCCAAAGAAGAAAGAAAAAGUGAAAACGAAGUUGCCUUCUACGUUUUGUAACAAGAAAGAAGAGAGUCUGUUGCUUUGGAUUGCUGAAAUCCAAACGUAUGUGAGAACCGCUCCGGUCGAGCCGGAGUCCCAAGUCGCAUUCACUACCUCUUGUAUGGGUGGUGAGGCCAAACAAUGGGUGUUGGCCGAUGCCAAUGCCGCGGGAUUCGAAGACAUCGGCGAAUGGGCAAAGACCCUGACACUGAAACAGUUCUUGGCAAAGACCAAGGACCGUUUUCUCGACAAGACAACGACCGACAAGGCAUUUGACCAAUUAACAUCGAUUGGUCAAAAGCAUUGGACGUCGGUCGAGGCUUUGUCCCGUGAAGUCGAUCGAUUGUUGCAGGUUCCAAGAUUGAACCUGCAAGACAGCCAAGUGUUGUACAUCUACUCCCGCGCGUUGCCUGAGCCCAUCCGGGGACACUUGGUCACCGAAGCAAAGUCAGGUAAGUACAAUUAUAGGCAAUUUCGCGACCUUGCUCUGCAAAGGGAACAACCGACUUCUCAAGUCAAAAGUUCCUAUGCAACCGUAGUUAAGUCUGGAGGAGGAGGAGGAGGGAGGCCGUACAAUGGGAAACGAAUCCUCUGGCGACAGAAGCGCCAGGACCACACCCUUGUCGUUUUUGACGACGGCACAGUGGAAAAGUGGCCGUUAGAAGAUAAUGAUAACAACAGUGACUCCGGGAAGGGGGAAGUCACUGCUGUUGUGGCCAAUAAGGGAGGGCCACCUAGAAGUGGAUCAGGGAAGAAACCGAGACCGUUUCCAUGGCACCCUGGCAUUGCCGAUGGGAAGCCGUGGUUGAAAAUGGGAAUGACUCGUGAGACUUGGCAGGAGCGCAUGGACAAUGCGCAAUGUCUUAAGUGCGGCACACCGGGACAUGUGAUCGCAUAUUGCCCCAUGAUCCGUGAGUCUAUCUCAAUGGAUUUCAUGAGCCUCACCAAAAGUCGAAAUGGCAAUAGUCAAGUAAUGGUGAUUGUGGAUCGUUUCUCAAAGUAUGCUAUGUUUAUUCCCUUACCCGCAGAAGCAAGAACUGAACUUGUGAUCCAGAAGUUUCAGAUGCGAUGGGUGACCGAGUAUGGUUUUCCUCUCUCCAUUGUAUCUGACCGCAAUGCCAGGUUCACAAGUAUGCCAUGGCAAAAGCUGAUGGAAGCAUACGGUACACUUCUAACCAUGUCAUCAGGACGACACCCUGAAACGAAUGGACAGAGUGAACAGAUGAACCGUUUGUGCCAACAGCUUCUGCGCAUGUAUGUGAGACCCGAUCAAAUUGAUUGGGAUGAGAACUUACCCAAGAUAGCAAGUGCAUACAAUAGUAGUGUUCAUACCGCUACAGGGCGAACACCUAAUGCAUUGCAUAAGGGGUGGAAACCAAAGCGUCCCGUUGAUGUGCUGACGAGGGACCAAUUCCGUAGGUUACCUCCAGGGACCCGGGAAUAUGCAGUAUUGUUUCAAGAAGACAUUAAGAAAGUAAAGGAUAAUCUAAAGAAAGCUCAGGACCGGAUGAUUGAACAGGCUAAAAAGCAUCGCCGACCAUCGACGUUCAAGGAAGGUGAUCUUGUCUGGGUCAAGUCUAAAGAGUUUUCGUUGGAAGAAAACGUAUCUCAGAAACUUCUGCUCGUCUAUUUUGGACCCUGGGAAGUUCUUAAAGUAAUUGGGGAUGCAGAGGGACCGUCUUACAUAAUUGAUAUUCCCCCUCACCUCAAAACAUAUCUUGUCUUUCAUGCGUCCAAAUUGCUACCUUAUGUAGAAGGAAAUGAGUUCCCACAUAGACCAUCUAUGAUUCCGCCAGACAUGGAUGGCGGAUAUGAAGUGGACAGAAUCAUAGAACAUGGGUACUUUUCUACAGGUGCACGUGGACGACCUCAGAAGCAGUUCAAGAUCACGCCGGAUGAAGGCUUUCCUGGUGGAUGGUGGAACGAGGUCAUCGAGAGAUUCCCGUGGCUCGAACAGUGUCCCUGGCCCAGUAAACCAGCGCAGGCCCUGAUUACGUGUAUGAAACCCGAGAGCAUGGAGGUGAUAAAAUUGGUGUGGGAUUCGGGGGCCUUUCCUAAUUUUUUCGAAAUGAUUGGGUUUAGUGAUUUGGCGAGGAUGGCGAUGGCAUGGGAUAGCAAUAGAGCUUCCUUUCGGGGAGAAGUGGAGAAGUUAGGAACCGAGCUCGAAGCUAGAAAAGAAGAGUAUGCUAGGGAAUGCGCGCAGCUGACGAAGAGUGCGGCAAGAGCGGAACAGAUCUUGCUCAAGGCAUGGGGGCUGAGUGACGCGCAUUUGAGGAAUUUGCUUCCUGCCACGCCCCCCCCGCACCCCCCUCGGGCGCCUCAGGGGCCUGCCCCCCUGCCGCAUGCUGCGUGCCAAGCGCUGGAUAUCAACGAUGUGGAGAUGGUGGAGAUGGAGCAAGCCAUUGCGGCCAUUUCCGCCACGAUGCAGCAAACCCCGCUGAGGCGCAUAGCGGCUCCUAGGCCCCUAGCUUACACCGCGCAGCUGAAAUAUUGUGACAGCGCCCGUGAUGUGGCACAAGGCGAUCAAGCAGCCACCAUCCUGGAUCUCAGGAAUCUGAGGAAGGUGCGGAGUGUUGGGCGACCGUACUUAAAGUGCAGCUGCAAGCGCAGCGACGAAGACAGAGACUGUCCAGGGGGACCUCUCUGGGUGGAUCACGCCAUUUGGCAUCUGUUGGCACAUCCUGACGUCCUAUUCCCCAGCAUGUCCUCUACCAAGGUCCGCACGUCGAUGUUAGUCCAUUACCUAAGAACGACGUGGAAAGAUGCGAUCAUCGGCUGCAUCAUCUUCAUGUUCAUCAGAGAGAUCAUGGUGGACUUCGUCAAAAGCCUCGAAACGAGUGACCAGCUCAAUGCGGAGGAAGUCAUCAAGGAUGAAAGGAUGUGGAGGCACCAGCUCCCCUCGGCGAUCGGCAGGAUCCUGCUUCCCACGAGGAUCCCUGCCAUACCCAGGAGGGUGACCCCAGCCGUGAGACAAAGGGCCCCGCGUGAGCAGAUCCAAGGCCAAGCCAGGAUCAACUUUUCGCCCGCCAACAGGAAUGCAAAUAACGGGGAAGCACCAGCGGUGGCACGGCAACGCGCGGCUCUCAUCAACGAGAGAAACAUGGCCGCAGCACAAGCACAGCUGCGACAGCGGCAGGACCAGCAGGCGGGGGGUACGCCGCCGCAGGAGCAUCAGCAACAGGACCUCGGGGAGGAGGGUAGGCGGAGGCAGGCGCGGAACGAUCGCUUGCAGCAGCAGUUCAUUGAGGAGGAGAGAGUGGAGCACCAACAGGCAGGGGGAGGAGCAGCUUUGGAACAUGUGAUGCAGCAGUUACCUACCGCGGCACUACAGGGCGAUUCACAACUCACGACAGCGCAGCAGGGGGGCUCGGGAUUCAGCACUCCUGUGGCAGCCCGGCCAGGGCAGGCACACAUUCCACCUAGGAACGGAAAAAGGAGAUCACCGGACGAUAUUGGGCGUCGACUCGGUUCACUCGCAAUAUGGGAGGAGACUCAGACCGAGGCUCUCAAGCGGCAGCAGCGCAGCAGUCGGCUCGCCAUGAAAAAUCAGCAGCGAGCUUCUGACCCCAGGUAUGGAGAGACUGCUGGAGGAGGGCGGAUGGUCGUACUACCCACAGGGAGGAGGGUUUGGAGCAAGGAGAAGCGGACGGACCUCACGUUUCUACACAUGAAGUAUACCAGCUGGGCCAUGGAAGCAUUCUCCGUGCGAAGCUUGGUGACAGGUGUCCUACGGAGGCUGGCGGGGGACGAGGCUGGAGGAUGGUUGGAGGGGGUUGUGUUUGGCUGGACAUACGAGAAGCUUGUGGCGGCACAUGUAUGCGGGCCUAAGGAGGUCUUCAAGGACUUUGACAUAGAACACUGGACGGAUCACUAUGACCCUGCGCAGUGUCACUGCAGGGCGGAGAGAUACAUGCAAUUCCACUCCGAAAAGACCUUGGAGCUUCUCCCUGGCGCCGAACACACACACGUGCUGACUCUGGAUGCAGGGAUAACGAGCGAUUGCAGGCUGCGGGCGAUGAUCAAGGUCGGGCUCAAUCACAUUCCGCUCAGGGCCUUUGACGUUGACGAGGCCCUUUUCGAGCUCGGUGGGCUAUUGGACAGGCUCAUCAUGACCUCCCACGACAUUGCGAACCUGAGGGAGCAUCAGAGGCGGAAGUUCAAGCAGAUCGUAUUGGACAGGGCCAAGAGCAAGAUGAACGGAUACAUCAGCAGGCACAGGUUCAUCUCAGCCGAGCCCAUAGAUCAGACGAGCACGAGACGGGAGAUAGAGUUUCUCACCCAGAGGUUCCUAGUAUCCCCCACGGACAAAUCCGCCAACACCCCCUCCUUUGUUUGCACUAAUUUCAUCCACGUGCUUGCACUGCGCAGACUGCUGGGCCCUGACUUUGUCAUGCAGCAGGAAGACCCAGAACAGCUCAUCUCGGUCAUAAAGGGAAGUUUAAUACAUCUCCCCGCACUACCGUCCUCACACGACACUCUGCCUUACCUAAUGACCGUGUACAAAGCCCAUAAACAGUCUUUUCGUUGGAUCACUAAUACAGCCAAUACGGUAGUUUCGCCCAUGGCGGAUCUGUGUGCCUGCCUGCUCCGUUUUCUGAUCCCAUCAGUCCAGUCCUUCUGUUCGGAGAAAAGCAGGGCGAUGGAGGCGGAGUAUGAUGUAAGGCCCAAUUUGUGGUGGCCUAUCUCAUCGGUGGGGGAGUUCGCGGCAAACCUUCCGCAGUCGGUAUACGCUGUCUAUACUACGGACAUUAUGAGAUGCUUCGAGACCAUCCCCACGGAUGACUCGGAGCACAGCUUGCUGACGGCGGUGAGAUUCUUCGUGCAGACGGCCAUGAUCUACCGCAGGGAUAGGAGUUCGAGGGACAUCAUUAAGGUAAGGGUCACGGCGCAAGGGAAGAUGAUCCCGUCCUGGACUGAUGCUCGAUUGGAGAACACUACUGAGGAGCUGUUCUUCACCGAGGCCGAGGUCUCCGACAUUUCGUGGUGCCUGGAUCACAGCCUGGUUCAAGUGGGCGCGUGCGUAUGGAAGCAGGUUCUCGGUAUCCCUAUGGGCGUGGCCUGCUCCCCCAUCUGGUGUGAUAUCUAUUUUUUCAAAUACGAAUAUCACGCCAUGAUGAGGCUACUGACCUCCGACAACAAACACCUGGUCCCUCAGUUUGACAACACAUACAGGUAUGUGGAUGACCUGUGCUCACUCAAUAACAACUCCAUUCACGAUUUCUUCCGAGCGGAUUGUGAUCAGACCACGGAUCCAAUCUGGAUCUACCCAAGGGAGUUCAUAGAGAUGAAAGAAACGACCGAGGUCAGGGACGAAGAGAACCAGGGCAUAGUGGCCAAUUUUCUAAACAUGACCCUCUCCGUCUCGUCCACACAUCUGGGACACUUCUCCACGAUGAAGCAUGACGAGAAGAAAGGAUUAAACUUCUCUCCCACCAGAUUCAUGGAGUUUAAUUCCAAUCGCAGCAUUGCACAAUCAUUGCAAAUCAUCACUGUGCAAGUGGUCCUAAGGGCAGUGGUUGGUGCCCACCUCAGGGUAUCAGUUGUCGGGCAGUCGUUGAUGCUUAACCACAGCCGGGGUCCGGAACUAGCACCACCCCUUACAGCAAGGAGCAAGAAGAGAGUUGCCGCCCUUCUGCGAGAGAGGAAGGAGAAGAUGGAGAAGAGGGAGUUGAUCAAGCAGGUGAAGAUGUUGGUUCUGCUAGAGGAGCAAGAGGCGAAGAAGAAGCAUAUGGAAGAAGAAAUGGAAAGGUGGAAGGAGCAGGAGGAGAAGAUGGCAGCAAUAGAGGCUGAAGUAGAGAAAGAAGUGGAGGUCAAAGCAGAGGAGCCGUUUGUUGAGCAGCUGGUUGCAAGCGCUCAGGCUGCUGUGGAUGAAGUUGUCCGACGGGGGGUUGCUCAUCCGAAAAGAAUUGUAAUUGGUGGGCACUCGUAUGGUGCUUUCAUGUCGGCAAAUCUUCUUGCACGUGCUCCGGAUCUCUUCUGCUGUGGAAUUGCUCGAAGUGGAGCCUACAAUCGGACUCUGACGCCAUUUGGUUUCCAGUCUGAAGAAAGAACGCUUUGGGAAGCACCAAACACGUACCACGAGAUGAGCCCCUUCAUGCUUGCAAACAAGGUUCACAAGCCACUGUUGCUGAUCCAUGGCGAGGAUGACAAUAACUCGGGAACGUUUCCAAUGCAGUCUGAGCGCUUUUAUAGUGCAUUGAAGGGACAUGGAGCAGUCUCAAGACUCGUGCUAUUACCCCAUGAGAGUCACGGGUACAGAGCUCGCGAGAGUACGAUGCAUACGCUUUGGGAGAUGGAGCGGUGGAUGCAGAGAUAUGCGGACUUCGUCGCCGUUGAGAACAAGAAGGAGAACGAGAACGACACAGAGAAUAUCACAAAGGACGAGUCAACUUCAACCGCCGCUGGCGAGAAGCCUGUUGCUGCUGCGGGGGUGAGAGAGGAAAGUGGAGAAAAGGAGCAGUCGGAAAAUAAGGAGGAGCAUUUUGCGGAGACAAGUACGGGGCAUAUUGCUGGCAGCAACGGAUCUACAAACUGUAGCAGAAAACCGUGGUCAUCUCUCUGAAGUUCUGUGCUGAUUGAGCAAUUUCUGGACUGCAGAGGGCUGAGAGGGGACGGGGGUUGUUGCUGGCAGUGAGGAGCCACGGCUGAGAAGUUUUGAAAAGCCGAAGCUUGGUCUGUGAAUCAAUUUUUUCGUUGCUGUGAAUUGAGGUUUCCUUUGUUUAACUUUCUGAAGUUUUUCUUUGUUUUUUUGGUUUUUUUUUUUCCUUUUUUUUUUCUGGGUGAGAGGAAAGCAUUGCUUUUGCAGGCUUCAGAAUUGCAGGGUACACGUGGAAUUAUCUCCUUAUUAUAAAAGUUGUAGCUUUAUUGUUCCUGUGGUGCUGCAGCCUUCAUCUCGACCUUUUUUUUCCCCUUUUUCCCUUCCCAAUCUAAUGUUGUCGGGUUGCGGAGGUCUCAUUGACUUCAUUUCCUAAAUAUCCUUAUUAUAAGAGUUGGAGCUUUAUUGUUCCUGUGGUGCUGCAGCCUUCAUCUCGACCUUUUUUUCCUCUUUUUCCCUUCCCAAUCUUGAUGUUGUCGGGUUGAGGAGGUCUCAUGGUGUUCGUUUCCUAAAAGCAUAAUGAAAAGUUAUUGAGAAUUGAAAAUCGUAAUAUGUGUACUGUCACUACGGUGACGUAUAGUCGUCAUGGCAAUUGUUGUACUGAGAAUGCUCAGCUAGGUCUUCCAUGUGUUCAUCCACCUCAUCCUUACAAUGUAUGUCCUCUCUGUCAUCAAGAAUGGACCGAUUCUUGACGCUUUUCUUAUCCUUUCCUUUGCCUUCAUCUUCAUUUCACACUCCUUCCUUUUCCUUACUUCCCUUACUUUCCCUUACUUUCCCUUUGUCGUUCAUUGUUUUGUCUUCUCUCCAUCUCUGUUCUCUGUGUUCAUCCCCUCCCCCAGGCAUUGUAUACACGUGGCUCGUACACUUUCUGAACAGCUGCGCCUUUUCUUUUUUCCCUUUCCAAGCCAUCAUUACCUCCUGAAUCGGAGGACAAUCUGACAGACAGUGCUUGGUUCUCCAGCCUCAGCAUGUAACCGGCUCGUUUUACAGAAGGGUGGGCGAGGUCGGCUUGGCUGAUCUCAACCUCCAACGUAAUCUCCUAUAUCCCCUUUCCCCACAGCGAGUUUCACUCUGACUGUGCACACCGAAGCAUAUUUCGCUUCUCCAAAGCAAUUCUUUGAAAAUAGGAACAAAUAGAGGCACAAAAG